AUGAAUAACCAACUAGGAUAUAAAGUUGAAAGAAGCACGAAGGACGAAACCUACUUUGCCCUUACUCCUAUUACCACCCAAAUCAAAGAAAAAUUAAUUAAAGAAGUCAAGUCCCUCACAGAGGAAGGUAAAAAAAAUUUUCGUCUUAUUCACCAAGAACUUAAAAACUGGUUAAAAAAAGAACCUCAUAUUUCUCAGGAUCAGAAAAAGAAUUAUGAAAAACAAGCAGAUAAAUUGGUUAAGGAAUAUCAAGACAAAUUACUGGAAGCGGAGGAAAAGAAAAUAAAAGAACUAAGUUCCUAA